AUGUCGCCAAGAGAAUCGUUUUUGUACAGUAGCGAAGAAAUGGACUUUUUAUCAGCGCUUUCCUGGUGCCUAUCCCAAUCCGCCCGGCUGGUGCACCCUUCACACAUCAACAGGCUCACGAGCAAGAUUCCGAUUCAAGCUUGGGUGGAUGGAAUUGCCCUGCCGAAUUCGACCUUUUCUAGUUCUUAUGGCGGCGUUUUGGACUUUCCGAACUUAAAAAACAACGAAGAGAAGAGUCAGCAAUGCCUGUACAAGUCCGAUUUCACCAUUUUAAAAUCGGCUCCUUGCAGCGAGAAGAAAUUCGCCUUCUGCGACUCGCGGCACUUCAACCUCUUGCAAGCCAUCGACAGCCUGGGCGAGUCUCUUGGGGACGUAGCGCUGGCUCCGGUCGAUGAUUCAAUCAGCGUGCCAGUUCUGGUCAUUUGCAGUGUGAUGGUGAUUUCGAUGGCUUUGGCUGUGAUGAUCUACAUUUACGAAACCUUCUUUUCGAGACGAAAUUCAAAAGUAGCUUACUACCUUAACUAA